GUUAAAAGAUAUUAAUUUGUAAAUAUACUGUUCCCUCAUCAGAGAACUCGAACCGUUGCCAUCACCACCCACCGCCGUCAUCGCCAAUAGAAGCUCCGUCGCGAAUUGAAGCGCCUUCUCAAACAGGUCUCCGAGAGAAGCUCUGUUCACGCCACACCCGUCUCAGAAUCCGCACUAAUCUCAUCGUGAAGAAACAAGGUAUAGUGAAAAAGUUUCCACUACAUAGUCAUAGGGUACUUGUCUUUGUCCAUCAUUGCUCAUCUUCACCACUACACUUUCCCUUUACUUCAGAAGUACACCAAGUAAGAGCAUUGCUAAAUCUUUUCAAUUUGUAUGAUUGCUCAGUAGGUGAAGGAUUAUUUGAGUUAUUGAAAUGUAGGUGGUUUUGUUGGUGGUGGUUUUGCUUGUUUCUUGUAUGUGUGACUAGUUAUGGUAAUUGUUUAGUAUGAUGUUAGAUUAGUGCAUGUUUGGUAUCCUUCUUAGUUAUACAUCUUGUCAGUUAUACAUCUUACUGGUUUUGCAAUUUUGGAUUCCCCAUUUUGCUUUAUAUUUGUUCUGGAUAGCUGAAAAUCGGUGGCUUUUGAAGAUUGCAUCAAAAGUUUACUCAUGAAAAGAAUUUUAGUUAUUAUACUAUUUUGUUAUAAACUUAUAAUGUUUGUAAUUUUUCAAACUUCAAUUCACUAUCAAUGACCUGAAUGUUCCAAAUUUGAAGUGUGUAUUUGAGGCCAAAGAUCAUUUGUAUUGGUUCGUUUUGCUGAUUCUGUUUUUAUUAGUACCAGAGCUUAAAUUAAUAUCGACAGCCUUGUAUUCUUUUGUGCCAAAUUUAUAAAACUCAUUUUUGCUGGAUGGAGUAGGACUGCUGGUUUAUAAUCAAUUCUAUAUUUUCGCUGUCACAUGUGGAGUCUGUUGUUAAUAAUCCUUGCUGCUAGGUUACAGUCAAUACUAUCAUUUUAAAAAUGUGGAAUUUAUGCAGAUCUAAGACAUGUAUGUGGAAUUAUAGAGAUUUAAAACUAGGUUUAAUUAUAUGUUUUUUACCCUUGCAAAUAUACUCUUCUUUUAUGUUAGUCCUUGUAAAUUUUGUUUUUUCCAUCCUUGCAAAUAUACCACAUUUUGCUUUCAGCCUUUGUUGUUUGUUUUAGUUCCUACAAAAUUUGUUUAUUAUUAGAAUUAAAAUUGGUCCUUGUAAUAUACAGAAUAUUUGAUUUUGGUCCCUCCAAUAUGAGCUACAUAAGGACUAAAUAAAUAUUAAAGACAUAUUAUAGGGACCAAUUUCUAUAUGAACAAAUUUUGCAAAGACAAACAAAACAACAAUGACCAAAAGUAAAAUGUGGUAAUAUUUGCAAAGAUGAAAAACAAAAAAUUAAUUUUACAGGGACUAGAAGCAAAAAACAGUAUAUUUGUGAGCAUCAAAUGCAUAUUUAAACCUUAAAACUAAUCCAUUUUGUAGAGAAACAACGGGAUCAGGACUGACGAUUUCCAGUUCCACUCCGAAAACCUUUGAGCUUCAUUUUCGAAUUCCAUGGCAGUGAGGAGAAGUGGAACCUUUCUCCAUCUUACCUCUGGUCAUUCUCACUGCACUUCAAGUCCCCAUUUCCGAAACCUCACCACAGAAACCAAACAAGGAGAUUAUCCUUCUCCCACCCAAACCCCGCUUCCUGAAGAUCAAUGCUUUACUCAUAUUCUCAAUGAAAUUUGUAAGAUCACUCGAACUGAACCACAUUGGGAGAAAACCCUUCUUUCACAAUACCCUUCUUUCAAUUUCUCCCAACCCAAUUUAUUCCCCCGUUAUCUCAACCUCCAAAACAAUUCCUUCCUCUCCCUUCGUUUCUUUCAUUGGCUCUCUUCUCACUGUGGUUUCUCACCGGAUCAAUCUUCCUACAAUGCUCUCUUUGAUACACUUGUUGAUGCUGGUGCCUGCAAAGCUGCAAAAUCUUUGCUUGAUAACCCUGGUUUCACUCCACAGCCUGCUUCUUUAGAGUCGUACAUUUGGUGUCUCAGCAACGGUGGAAUGGUUGAAGAUGCACUUGAUGUGUUUGUUACUUUGAAAAAGGUUGGUUUUUUACCAUCAGUGUCAACUUUUAAUGCGUCUCUAUUGGCUUGUUUGAAAGUCGGGAGGACUGAUUUGGUUUGGACAUUGUAUGAACAUUUGCUUGAAUCUGGUGUUGUAGCUAGCAUUGAUGUUGAAACUGUUAGAUAUCUUAUCAAGGCAUUUUGUGCCGAAAACAAAGUUUUUAAUGGGUAUGAACUUCUUAGACAGGUUCUUGAUAAAGGCCUGUGUCCUGAUAAUACUGUUUUUAACACACUUAUUUCUGGUUUCUGUAAGGAGACACAGUAUACUAGAGUUUCUGAGAUUCUUCAUAUUAUGAUUGCCAUGAAAUGUAAUCCUGGUAUCUCUACUUAUCAAGAAAUUAUUAAUGGACUUUUUAAGAGAAAGAAUGUAGAGGGUUUCAGGGUUUUUAAUGAUCUCAAGGAUAGAGGGUAUUUCCCAGACAGGGUUAUGUACACAACAGUGAUCAAAGGUCUUUGUGAUAUUGGGUUGCUUGGCGAGGCCAGGAAGCUGUGGUUUGAGAUGAUUCACAAAGGACUUGUGCCGAAUGAGUAUACCUAUAAUGUAAUGAUGUAUGGUUAUUUUAAGAUUGGUGAUAUUGUUGAGGCAAGGAAGCUCUAUGAUGAUAUGAGCAGUAGAGGUUAUGCAGAAAACAUAGUUAGCUACACCACAAUGAUUUCGGGUCUGUGUUUGCAUGGAAGGACUGGUGAAGCUCUGAGCUUGUUUCAUGAAAUGUCUCAAAAGGGUGUUCAUCAUGAUUUGAUCACUUACAACUCUCUAAUCAAAGGCCUUUGCCAGAACGGCGAGCUAGUUAAGGCUGCCAAUCUGCUAAACGAACUACUUGCACAAGGUUUAGACCCAUCAGUUUCUUCUUUUACUCCUCUUAUCAAAAGACUUUGUGAAGUUGGAGACACUGGGGGUGCAAUGAGGUUGUUGAAAGAUAUGCAUGAUAGGGAUUUGGAACCAAUGGCCUGUACACAUGAUUAUAUUAUAAUUGGGUUAUGUAAAGAAGGAAAUUUUGCACAAGGUAUGGAAUGGUUGCUAAACAUGCUGAGUUGGAAGCUGAAACCCAAGGAGCAUACUUUUGAGCACCUGAUUGAUGGUCUAACACAAGAAGAUAGGAUAGAUGAUAUUUUGAUUGCUUUAGAUUUAAUGUUCAGAGAAGGAUAUAGACUCAAAAAAAGCAUAAUCCAUUCUUUGGUGAGUAAAUUUAGUAAAGAGAAUGUCGAUUUUCCUAAUUUGUGUUUGGAAGAGCUCGUAUAAAGAAAUUGACAUUACAGAUUGUAUUGUUUGUAUCUUCCAUAUACUAUGACAGAUAAUAAAUUGAUGAUUUUUUUGAAAAGAUGAAA